AAACACUUGGUUCAGCCAGACAACUACCGAAUAACGAGGUUCCCUGAACGCCUCACGAUCCUUUGGAACCACGUUAGGACAGCAUCUUCGCUGUCACCGGUUCUGUGACCCUGUGCAGUUGUUGGAAUGUCCAGUUUUUGUUCUUCAUUGUUUCAGCUGGGUCUGAAGAGUGGUUAUGGCUCUGAAGCUGAUCCAGAGAUGUCCGCUUCUCGGGCAGAUCGGGAUUCAACGUUACCCUCCUGUUGGACCCGUGUGCACCACCAGGCUCCUGAGUAUCAGCAGUCAAGGUCUACCCUUAUGUGUAGCUUGCCUGUGUACCUCAGCCAUUCGGAGACAGUCCAGCAAAAAGCCCCAGUCGGACUGCGGGAUAAGAAGCCUGACCACCAUCGUGAAGGAGCCGUCCUUCGUCGCUAGCAGCUCUGUAGGACUCCACAGAGAUUCAGGCCCUCGGUUCCGUUUGACCCAGCUCCACCGACCAACAGCUGCAGAGGAGCAGGCUUUCCAGCAGCGUCUAGGGAGCUGCUCCUCUUCCCGGCAGGUUUUCACACUGCUGCGCACAGUGGAGAUCAUCUCUGACACCAUGGCUGCAGCAGCACUUCACCGUGUGGCCGACCUGGAGCAGGAGGGUAACUCUUUAAAGGACCCUACAGUGCUGGAGAAGGACACCAUCAUAGCUCUGUGCUUCCAGCUGGAGCAGGACUCUGGGCGUCUGACGGAUGCUGGGCUAAUAUCAGCUCUCCUUGCUUGCACUCGCCUCUUCUUGGAUCCUUGGAGCACGCUGAUGGUACGGCUGGUGUCUGAGAGCCAGGAGAGGCUAGACAGAGGGCAGAUGAGUGUAGGGCAGCUGUGUAUCCUGGGCCAGGCGAUGCUGGCUGUGGAGGGUCCUGGCUGUGUGAUGCUGGAGCAGGUGAUGGAGCAAAUCCAGAAGCAGGAGCCUGCCAAGUGGAGCCUAGCAGAUCUCCUCGCUGCUUAUAGAUUUCUGCAAGGUGGAGUGGGUGAAUAUGGAAAAUUCCGCGAUCUGCUGAACGCCAUGCACACCCACGCCGUGAAAGUCACCUCCCGCAUGGAUCCUCCUGCUGUCAGUGGGCUGCUCAGUGCUCUUGUGACCCUGAACCAGACGCAGGCAAUGCCUCUUGUGAUCAAUCUGUGUAAGCAGGCUGUACGGCAUGUACCUCACUUCACUGAUGAGGAGCUCACAAUUGUGCUUGGGGCCCUAAUGCACUUUGGUCACAGCGAUCAUUACUUUGUGGAGGCAAUGGAAAGGUAUGUGCCCACUAUGGCCUUCACCUCCCACCCAGAAACAGUUACCAAGGUGGUUCAGUUCUUUGGCCGGAGGAACAUCCUGUCCCCGACUGUGUUUGAUGCUGUUGCAGAGAGCUUUGUGUACAGAGCAGACGACUACAGCACCAGCCAGGUAGCCAGGCAGAUCAUGGCUCUCGGAAAACUCGGCUACCUUCCUCCCAACGCUGGCGAGGUAUUCAGGAAAGUUGAAACCAUCCUGCGUACACGCUUUUCACACUUCCAGCCCCGAACGCUGCUUAACCUGCUCCACUCAUGCACCCUGGUGGAGAGGUUCCCUGUUAAUUUUGUAUCCAAAGUUUUCAGCAGUUACUUCCUCCAGCAACUGCAAGAGCAGGGCACAGGAAUGGACCGGAUCGUCCUGGCACAGCUGACCCAGCUCUACAUGACUCUGAAGUUGGAGUGUCCUUUCUAUGAGGGUCCCAGGCUCCUCCCAAAGUACCGCGUCAAGUCUUUCCUCAUGUCUGGACGCUCUCUUGAGACGCCGGUGGACGCACAUCUGUACAACUCUGUGAAAAAUGGACUGGUGGAUUUGCUAGGGGCUCGUUCAUACUUUGGAUCCAAAGUUCUCACACCGUACUGCUACACACUCGAUGUGGAGAUAAAACUUGAUGAAGAGGGAUAUGUGCUGCCUGCCAGUCAUAUUGAUGAAGUAUACAAAAGGAUAGCUCUUUGUAUUGACGGACAAAAGAGGUUCACUACAAACACGAGGCAGCUACUUGGAAAAGAGGCUAUCAAGCAGCGACAUCUGAGGCUUCUGGGAUAUGAAGUUGUUCAGAUUCCUUACUAUGAAUUUGAAAAACUGCAAAACAAGACCGGUGUUGUGGAGUAUCUGCACCAAAGAAUCUUCCCUCACACUUACAGGCUGAGCUGGUGAUGAUACAAAUGAGUAUGCUGUGUCAUUAAAUCAGGGGUCUUUACUUUGGUUGAGCCCUUUCUGGCUUAAAGAAAUCAGUAUUUAUUUUUUCAAAUAAAUGUAAAAAAA